AGUAAGACAGGCACUUUGUCUGGGACCAUGCACAAGUCCCCCCCAGUGCGCUCUUAGCUCCGCCAGGAUUCAAAGCUGCUGAGGUUCCACCUGGACUCAAAGAUGUUCCGAGCAACCAGAGGACACUAUCUUUAAUAACAAUCCUGUUGGGACUCGCAUGCGGACAUCUUGGGACUCACAAUGGGCGGGAAGCAGUCUCGCGGCUUCUCCAACAGAGAACUGAGCGAGGUGAGUGUGAUUCAAGGCGGCAGGAGCGCUGGAAACGACCAAGCCGGCUUGUCAUCUGCCGCAGAGAGAAUCCGCCGACACGCCACGGUGCACUUCGGCUACAGCACCCUCAGCUUGGCCAUGCGGGGCUUGGAUGACGCCCCAGCCGAGCUGUGGGAGCUGCGAGAGCUGCAGAAGCUCAACUUGUCCAUGAACUGUUUGUGCUCGCUGCCACCCACCCUCAGUGCCCUGGACAACCUGGUGGUGCUCAACCUGUGGGGCAAUAACCUGACCAGUCUGCCUCCCGAGAUUGGACUCCUGAAGAAGCUCCGUGUGCUCUUCGCCUGCCGCAACCGCUUAAGUGAGGUGCCUGAGGAGCUGGGCUCCUGCGCCGGCCUGGAGGUACUCAGCCUGGCCAACAACCAGAUCACCAGCCUGCCGGGGAGCUUGGCAGCCAUGCGCAACUUGACCAAGCUCAACCUGAGCCACAACCGCAUCGCCCACAUCCCAACCUGCGUCUACAGCAUGAAGGGUCUGGUCUUUCUUCACCUGGCCUGCAACCGUCUGGAGACAAUUGCGGACCAGAUCCAGGACUUGGUCAACCUCAAGAUCCUCAUUGUGGAGGGGAACAGCAUCCACACUUUGCCUAAGACGCUGUGCUUCCUGGACUCCUUGGAGCUCCUCAACGUGGACUUCAAUGAACUGCAAAGCGUGCCGGUGGAAAUGUAUCUGCUGAGUCGGCUCAGGAAGCUGGCCUGCCACCCUAUGGACAAAGGACUCCAUAUUUUACAUAACCCGCUUCUCAAGCCCAUUAAGGAGGUGCUGCAAGGAGGACUUAGCUCCCUGUACAACUACCUCAAGCCCACGUGAAUCUCUCAUACUUGCCAACCCUCCCGGAUUUUCCGGGAGACUCCCGAAAUUCAGCGCCUCUCCCGAAAACCUCCCGGGACAAAUUUUCUCCCGGAAAUCUCCCGAAAUUCAGGCGGAGCUGCAGGCCACGCCCCAUCCAGCUCCAUGCGGACCUGAGUCCGCUUUCCCACAAUAUAAUGAACGUCUACAGUAAAGCAGUCCGUCUGCCGUAAACAGCAAUGUUGUGACACUUUUAAACAGGACAAUACUGCCAUCUAGUGCAUUUGAUGAACGCACUUUUGUGCGUGCCACACAGCAAUGCAUAAUCAGAGAGGGUGUUCAGCAUGGUUAGAAAGAUAGUGACAGAGA